UGAUCAAGGAAGUCAGAGGCUUGUCUGGGGUGUGGACUUUAAAAGAGGGCAGGGUAAAAGUGGGCGGAUGGGUAGUUUCUAGUGAUUGUGCAUUUAGACUCUGAGUCUGAAAUUAGGAUCAUUGAGAGCAGGAGGAAUUACACUUGAAGAGACAGACAGCCGUCAAACACACAGUCAUCAUGCUGAUUCUCCUUGGUGCCAUCGUUGCCCUUCACAUCAUCGGCAUCAUCCUCCUCCUGGUGGCUACUAUUGACAAUGCCUGGUGGAUGACCGACACUAUCUCCACAGACGUGUGGGCCCGGUGGAUACUGCAAAAUGGAAAGUGGAACUACACCAAUCUUCCCGAAGGCUCACACUACCCACAAGAUUAUCUCCAGGCGGUGCAGGCCAGCUCAGUGCUAGCUUGUAUUUUCUCCAUCCUGGGCAUCUUUGUCUUUGUGGCUCAGCUCUUCACCCUCAACAAAGGACAGCGGUUCACCAUCUCCGGCAUCUUUCAGUUCCUUCGCCUGUGAGUAUUUUUGUGCCUGUGCAUCAUGAUCGCAGCCUCCAUCUACACAGACAUCUUCCACCGCAACGAAGCAAACGGCUGGUAUGGUCACUGCUUCAUCCUGGCGUGGAUCGCCUUCGCUCUCACAUUCAUCUCCUCCAUCACUUACUUUGUGCUACGUAAGAAGACAGCGUGAGAAGGACACUAGAGCUUGCUCCAACCAGCCAAACACCUUUGGCUGGAUCUACUCUGGCUAAAAUCUGGGUUUAGAUACAGUUGGGCUUAGAAUCAGAUUUGAGCUGCUAGUGUAUAUUCAGCUAGAGAUACAGCAGACCUGCUGAUGCUCUCAAAUACAUACUAGUGUUUAAACUGAGUCUGCUUCAGAUAAUGAGGACUGCAGAGUGUGUGGUGUGUUUUGGUUAUUUCUGCAGUAAAAGGCAGGCUCAAUCAAUCACUGUUGUAUUUGAGUGUAAUUUCAACCCUGUUUGGUCUGGAUUUCUUGAGGGCAUCUAAGGAUUAAGAAUAUUUUUGUAGUUAUCUGAACAAAAAAGGCCUUAAUGUUUAUAAGCUGAUAUGAUAAAUUAAGAUCUAACAUUGUUUGUGGCUUGUAACAAAAGCAGGUUGAAGAGUAAAAUCUGUGGUCUUUUUUUGUUAUGUACAUUGAUAUAUGGAUAUGAGUGUUGGAUUAAAAAGGGCGAGUUUAUGACUUUAGUGUUUUUUUUCUCUAUAUUAUAUUGUUAGUAGUGUUAUCUGCUCUGGUCUGACUUUAUGUAAUGUGCCACUAAUUAAAGAGAGUGUAACUACAACGUGAUGCCAUAGACUUUUUAAAUGCUUGGUAAACCUGUGCCUGUUUGAAGUCAGAGUUUCAUUUACAUGUCACAUGAUGUCGAUUUGGGUGUAAUCCAAUGAUAAGACUAUGAUCAAUAAUGUAUUACUGUUUGUUUUCCAAUUAUUUGGGAUUAGGAAGACAUGAAACCUAUAAUGUAUAAGUACAGUGCCAAAUUAUAAACUGUAUGGCUGUAAGCCUGCCCAGGAACUAUCACACUAAUAAAGUAGAAUUUUCUAUCAAUGCAUCAGAAUGACCUUGAAAGUUGUGAGAAUUGUAUUAAAUCAUUUGUUUUCAGUCUAUACAAUGACCAUUUUGAGUUACACUCGUAUGUAUGAAACUUAAAUCAACUAAUCAAAUACCUUGUCUGGCUCUAAAUCCAACCAUGUACCAUUAACAUAUCAACCUUCAUGUACUUUCAGUCAAAUCAGCUCAUGGCAUGACAGGAAGGCAACUGCCUUGACUCUACAAGUGUGAGAUGUAAUGUGUAAAUAUGUUUUGUUUCCCAUAAUGCUCCAUAUGUCUAAUGCCGUUUUAUUUUUGCUACCAUUAUUUCUCAUUAUGGAUGACAAUGAUUUUUACAAUAUUAAAACUUGACUUUUAACCAGUUA